AUGCUAAGGAUGUGGGUUGGACUGCCAGGGAAAUACAAUUCUUUACAGUCGCGUAAACGCGCAUCUCACACAGACUCACACAGAGGAGCUUCACAGUCACACACCGACGAGAUGUGGAGGAUUGUGGAGCUCGUGGCGUGUUUGCUCAUGAUGUCCAGUCAUGUUUCAUCUCAGAGCAAGAUAUUUGGUGAGGAACAGGUCCGCAUGACCUCAGAGGGAUCUGACUGCCGCUGUAAGUGCAUCAUGCGGCCUCUAACCCGGGACGCCUGCGCCCGCUUGCGGACUGGAAGUGUGCGCGUGGAGGAUUUUUACACGGUGGAGACGGUGAGCUCCGGAGCCGACUGUAAAUGCUCCUGCACAGCUCCACCUUCCUCACUCAAUCCCUGCGAGAAUGAGUGGAAGAGGGAGAAACUGAAGAAACAGGCACCGGAGCUGCUGAAGCUGCAGUCAAUGGUGGAUCUUCUGGAAGGAACUCUCUUCAGCAUGGACCUUCUGAAAGUUCACUCGUACAUCAACAAGGUGGUGUCUCAAAUGAACAACCUGGAGGAGAUGAUAAAGAGUAACCUCUCCAGAGAGAACGACUUUGUGCGAGACAGUGUGGCGACUCUGACCAAUCAGCUGCGGCAAUAUGAGAACCACUCUGACAUCAUGAUGAGCAUAAAGAAAGAGCUGUCCAAUCUGGGCCUUCAGCUGCUGCAGAAAGACUCCUCCCCCUCGGGCCCUAAAAGCAAAGCACAGGACACAUUGGGGACAAAUAUCAAAGAUGCGUCAAAGUUUCCAGCAAAGAAUCCCGAAAAAGGGAAACCUCCACCAAAGCCAGUGAAGGAAAAGUCAACCAAGCCGAAAAAAGAGACCGCGAAACCAAACAAACCCAGUAAACCAGAGCAAACAGAGCAGCCUGGUAAAACCAAAACGUCACCAAACCAGCCAGGACUCAUCCGGGGAAUCACAUAUUACAAAUCCACCAAAACUGAUGAGACGGAAAACCACAACCAGAAAGGUGAAGAGAAGCCUGAUGAAACAGAUACACUGCUGGAGGUAGAAGUAGAAGAAAGUACCACACCUCCUGACACCCUAGAAAUAGAAACUACCGCAGCAACCAUACCCACGACAACAAUGACAGCAACAACCACUCCUCCCACAACAACAACAACAACCCAGAGAACAACAACAACUAGCAGAACGAUAUACAGAGAGGAGCGACCGGCCCCAACCAUUGCUCUAGUGCUGGACAACAGCAGCAACAACUCAUACUUCACAGUGAAAGAGCACAGCUGUGAUGGGACAUUGGCGUCGGUGGAUCUCCCGGUGAAGCAGCACAGCUACGGCAGGAACGAGGGUGCCUGGAUGAAGGAUCCCGCCGCCAAAGACUCCAAGAUUUACGUCACAAACUAUUACUAUGGAAACAACCUCGUGGAGUUCCGGAACUUGGACAACUUCAAACAGGGUCGUUGGAGUAACCUGUACAAGCUCCCUUAUAACUGGAUCGGAACGGGUCACGUUGUAUACAGAGGAGGCUUUUACUAUAACCGUGCCUUCACCAAGAACAUCAUCAAAUACGACCUUAAACAGCGAUAUGUGGCUGCCUGGGCUCAGCUGCACGACGUGGUCUACGAAGACACCACGCCGUGGAAGUGGAAAGGCCACUCCGACAUCGACUUCGCAGUGGACGAAAACGGACUCUGGGUCAUUUAUCCAUCAGUCGACGAGGAUUAUGGCCAGGCCGAAGUCAUUGUUGUUAGUAAGCUAGACCCCAGCGACCUGUCGUUGAAAAAAGAGACCACGUGGAGGACGCGACUGAGGCGAAAUUCAUUCGGGAACUGCUUCAUAAUAUGCGGAGUGCUGUACGCGGUGGACAUUUACAAUCAGAGGGAAGGAGAGGUUUCGUAUGCGUAUGACACACUCACGGGGGCUGAAGCGGCUCCACGUUUGCCUUUCAUCAACGAAUACGGCUUCACCACGCAAGUCGAUUACAACCCCAAGGAGAAGCUUCUGUACGCUUGGGACAAUGGACACCAGCUCACCUACAACAUCGACUUUGCAGAGCAGGACAAGAAAUAAAAUGCGAAUGAAAAUGAAAUUCGUUUUCAACUGCCUCAUUGGUUCAACUGACAGAAUGCAUUCAUGAAACAGGUCAUCAUGCUCUCGUGAUCUUUAAUAGACACUUGUCAGAGGUUAUAUAAAGGGGAUUAUUACAUAAGCGCUGCUCUAUUAUUGACUGCCAGUUCUAGAAUCCCAACAAAUGCAAACUAAAGGCUUUGAUUUGUUUCAAAUGUAUUGAACUCUAUGAAGCAAAGCAUCAAGUGUUUUCCCGCUACGCUCUGGCUGCAUCCGAAAUCAACUGCUACUCGAAUAAGUACUACAUUUGGAUUUUAAAUUUACUAAAUCUAAAGAAUCUAAAAGCUGUGGGAUUUGAGAUUGCUAGUUCUACAAUCCCAAUAAAUAUAAUUUAAAGGCUUUGAUUCGCAUCAAUGUUCCAAUGUUGCCUUGAACUCCAUGAAGCGAAGCAUAACUCAUAUGUUUUCCUGCUACAUUUUGGCUGCGUUCAAAAAUCGACUACUACUCGAGUAGAUACUACAUUUGGAUUUGAAUUGACUAAAUCUAACAAACCUAAAGGCUUUAGGAUUUGAGACUGCCAGUUCUAGACUCCCAAAAAAUGGAAUUUUAAGGUUUUGAUUCACCUCAAUGUUCCAAAUACGUUGACCUCCAUGAAGCGAAGCAUAAAUCAAGUGUUUUCCCCUUAACUUUGCGUCCAAAAUUGACUAUUACUCAAGUAGGUUCUACAUUUGAAUUGACUAAAUCUAAAGAAUCUGGGAUUUGAGAUUCAGUUCUAUAAUCCCAAAAAUGUAAUCUAAAGUCUUUGAUUCACACCAGUGUUUCAAAUGUAUUAAACUCCAUGAAACAAAGCAUCAAGUGUUUUCCCGCUACAUUUUGGCUGCGUCCGAAAUCGACUACUACUUGAAUAUGUACUACAUUUGAAUUUGAAUUGGCUAAAUCUAACGAACCUAAAAGCUUUGGGAUUUGAGACGGCCAGUUCUAGAUUCUCAACAAAUUGAAUCUAAAGGCUUUGAUUCUCAUCAAUGUUCCAAAUGCAUUGAAUUCCAUGAUGCAAAGCAUAAAUCAAGUGUUUUCCUGCUUCACUGCAUCUGAAAUCACCUAAUACUCGAGUAUGUACUAUGUUUGAAUUUAAAUUGACAAAAUGUAAAGAAUCUGAAGGCUUUGGGAUUUGAGACUGCCAGUUCUAGAAUCCCAACAAAUGCAAUCUAAAGGCUUCGAUUCACAUCAGUGUUCCAAAUGCAUUGAACUCCAUGAGGAAAAGCAUAAAUCAAGUGUUUUCCCACUACACUUUCGCUGCGUCUAAAAUCGACUAUAUUUAAAUUUACUACACGACCAAUAGAAAAGUGUGUUAUAUAUAGCAUAAAUCUGAGUAGUGUUAAGAGAGCUGAGGCGUACUACUUCCACCAUUUGUCAUUAUCACGUAACCUACCCACGUCAGUUGCGUCGCUUCACUCCCAUUUAUGAAUUCUCUCAUGUUGCAUUAUGGGAUAGCGUAGCAUCCAUUGGAUGCGCACUUCAGAAUUUCACUGGAAGUAAGUCAUCUGGGUACUUCUCGCAUACUGUUUUUCAAAUACUAUGAAUUCGGACAUACUACUCAGUUCACAUACUGUUUUUAGCAUACUACAUGGAAUGGAAGUAUGCGAUUUCAGAAGCAUUUGUAAAUUUGUGAACCAUUUUAAAGUGCAACAAAUGAUUGCUUUACAAUACGCAACGUUAAACACUACGAUUGUUCAUGUCACUGACUUUUCAAAGUCACGUAAAGAAAUCUGCAGGUAAAAUUUUUUGAAGUUGUACAUGACGCUUGAAAUCCUAAUGCAAAUCAUGUGAAAGAGUUCAAAUUGACCAAUUCAGGCACAUUGGAAAUGCAUGCAGCUGCGUACAUUUUUGCGAAACGUAAAAAAUUUUCCUCCAGGAAUGUGUCAUUGCACGUUUCAGAUGACAAAUCCACUAGAGGGCACUGUUUAGAUUUUUGCGAAUUUGAAGUAUGUUUCUUAAGGAAACUUUUGUUGCACAUUUCAGAUACACAUCCUUCUUAUACACAUGCACGAGAAGGCUUGGCUUGUUGUAGAGAUCACCUAGCAAACCACUGACCUAAACCCAACGAAUAGUGUUUCAAAAGCUAACUUAAGAGUAAAGUGCACUGUGACCACAUAGUUUACCUUGAUUUUACAUUGCUUUUCUCUCUUUUGUUGAUGACUCAAAUCGAACAAGUAUAACAUUGUACAAGGUGAGUUACUGAGCAGACUGACCACAGCAGAAAAGUUGUCCAAAGUUUUUUUGUGGUAUUUAUGUGGGGUUUUGCAAAGAAUCGCACAAACGAAUCAUUUAUUUGUCCAUAAUAUGUUCCUGUAAAUAUUAUUAGUGUGAAAAGAAACUAAAACGGUUGGCAUUAUAACGACUCCUAACAUUCAUUUUACCCAGAAACUGCUGUCAUGUUUAUGUGCCUUUUUUGCGGUUUCACAAAAACGUAGGCAGAAGCAUGUAUUUCCAAUGAGCCUGUGUUGAAACAACAGAUUGUAGAUCUUUUUAGUAAUUUCGAAAGCAAAUAUUUAGAUAUUUUGCACUGUCCUAACCAGGCAUGCCACAACAAAAGCAACAAACACAACAUUUAAUCAUUAAAUUGAAUACAUUAAUUACUUUUUGUUUAGUAAGAACAUUUAAUUUUCAUAAAACGCAUUUAAUUAAUAAGCACUUGCAGAUAUUCACCUGUUAUAAGUAUAGAAAUUGGAAAAAAAAUAAACUGAUGCACUUAAAAAAAAAACAUUUAUAUUUAAUAUCUAUGUUGCUUAAGUGUGGUCAAUACUUUUUUUUUUUUCAAAUUGAACCUUUUGUCACUUGCAUAUCUUUACUUGAUUUCAAAUAUGAUAUUUAUAACAUAUGUUGCUUCUUAAGUGAAUUAUUCACAGAUUGUGCAUUUAUAUUGGUGAAUAUAUUCUAUCUUGUCACUUGCACAUUUUCCCCCUUUAUUAAGCAUAAAACUAGUAGAAAACAGGUGGAAAUAAUCUACAUUACUGCUCAAGUAAAAUCCAAUCUUAUUUUAAGGAUUUUAAAUUGAGCAAAAUACAUCUCAUUAUUCUCUCAGCAUUACUGGUUAGGACAUGUGUAAACUGUUAAGAGAUUCAUGACUUGCUCCUCUUCAAUAAAAUAAAUGCUCAUGUCAAUCUUGCCGACAUCAUAACACAACCUCCGAUUUUUCCAUGUACCUAUAAUAUUUUAUAAACAAGCUUUCAAGAUGCACCUGCAAAUGCUGCGGUCUGUUUUCAUAGAAAGAAAUGUGCCAGAAAAUUGUCUUCCAGCGUUUCGGCUCAUAUAGCCUCAGCAGACUGGUAAAGCAUGGCAUUAUAAUGAAGAAGGAAUGCUUUGUGUGCUAAUGAGAGCGUCUGAUUAUGUUUGGGAGUCUGUCUAAUGACUGGACAGGCUGACAUAUAGAGUUUAUAACAAGCGGGCCGGUCGUGCGAGGAAACAUACGUCAUGUAUAAACAGUUUAACGUGUUUAAAGCGUUGUUGUUUAUGCCUUUUAAAGCAUUUUUUUGUCCUGUAACUGUAAAUAUCAGAGUAUUUUUUGGUUCUGUUGGAGUUUUAGAAACACAAUCUUCCCAUGUGGAAAGGAUUUCUUUUACUCUGUCAAUGCAGCAUGUCUGAUUUUGAUAAACUCUAAGUGGAUUUUGUUAAACGUGCAUUUGGUUUUGUGAAAUAUAUUUGUAAACUGAUUAAAAGGCUGUUGGGAUAGAUG